AUCCUCCUCCUCCUCCUCAUCUUUGUCUCCCCGGGCCGGUGGUUCGUGCGUGCGUGCGCGGAGGGGAGGCGGCGGCGGUAGUGGUGACAAUGUCGUCGGCGGUGGAUGCCAUCUCCUGCUCCAAGGGCAUCGCGGCCCCGCCACCGGAGGAGGCGAAGGAGAGGGUGGUGGUGACCAAGAACGGCGCCGUGGAGCACGUUGCCGCCGCCGCGAACGGCAAGCAGUGCAGCGAGGCGCCGCGUUGCCGCAAGGACAACGACGAGGAGGAAGAUGACGAGGAGAAGGUUCCCAAGGCCAUCGACCUCGGUCCGAGGGUCAGCAUCAAGGACCAGCUCGAGAAGGACAAGGAUGACGAGAGCCUGAGGCGGUGGAAGGAGCAGCUCCUCGGCAGCGUGGAUUUGAACUCCGUCGGAGAGACGCUGGAGCCUGACGUGAAGAUCAUGAGCCUGGCGAUCCUCUCGCCCGGCCGGCCGGACAUCUUCCUGCCGCUGCCGGUGGAGCCCAACGCCAAGGGCGUCUGGUUCACCCUCAAGGAGGGCUCCCUCUACAAGCUCAAGUUCACCUUCUCCGUCAGCAACAACAUCGUCUCCGGCCUCCGCUACACCAACGCCGUCUGGAAGACCGGCAUCAAAGUUGACAGCCACAAGGAGAUGCUCGGCACGUUCAGCCCCCAGCCGGAGCCGUACACGUACGUGACGCCGGAGGAGACCACGCCGUCGGGGAUGUUUGCACGGGGAUCAUACUCUGCCAGGACGAAGUUCCUCGACGACGACCGGAAAUGCUACCUGGAGAUCAACUACACAUUCGACAUACGCCGAGAGUGGCCGGCGUUGAGCUGAGACGUCUUUCCUGGCGGUGGCCGGACGGGUCGCCGAGUGAACGGGUGUCGCCGGCCGUCAUGCGGUGCUGUUACUACUUACUACUGUCGUCUCCGUGGGAGCAGAAGUGGGCAUUCUUCGUCUCGUUUGCGUCUUAUCCACACUUGUUUUUUGUUUGGUUCGGUUCACCCUAGGGGUUCUUUUGUAUAUUGUUGCCCUGUGUUCGGUUGCUUGCUGUGUUAACGCCGUUUUAGACGCUCUGUCAGGUCAAGUUGAUGUAUGCUAUGCUA